AACACCAAAAGCAAGCAAAUGAUCAACCAGAGAACCAAAACCAAAGCAACUCAAAAACAACACUCACAUGUCAAAACACUAACCCAAGCUUCCAAAAUGGUUCGCAAAUCGAUCAACAAGCCAACCCUUGUCAUAGUUUUCCUCCUCUUAGCUUUCUAUGCUUUUUUCAACACGAAACUCAAUUCCGCCGACACUCUGUUUGUUUCCCGAGAAAAUGCCAUCGUUUUUCCCGGGAAUUCUUCCCCCGUGAAGGUCUACAUGUAUGAUCUUCCGAGAAAAUUCACUUACGGGGUUAUAGAAAUCUUCGCAAUGGCUCGAGGGGGUCUGAAAGGUCCGGUAGAUGAUGUCUCGAUGUUGAAGUACCCGGGACAUCAGCACCGGGCCGAGUGGUACUUGUUCGCUGAUUUGAACCGGCCGGACCGGACCGGUUCGCCGGUGACUAGGGUUUUGGACCCGGCCGAGGCGGACUUGUUCUACGUGCCGUUCUUUUCGUCGUUGAGCUUA